GUAGGAACUGUUUUUAAUAGUUCGUGUUUAGAUCUCAGAGUACAACCACGUUCGUUUAUGGGUUUGCACCAGUUUACUUUAUUGUUCCCAGUAACCUGUGACACACACGACACCUUAGCUAUGCUAUAGUUGUGUAAUUUCGAAGGUCCAAUUCCGUUUGCACUGCUGUGUUACUGUUCUGUGUGAUCUUUCUGAAUUACAAUCAACAACAAACUUCCGCAUAUAUAACUUUCUACAGUUUCGGGGCGAGUCGAAGAUGGCGACCACUACGCCUAAAGUAAAUGUGAAAGCAUUUGCAGCCAUGCUUGAGAAUAGUGGACAAAUUGGAUUCAAGCCGCCACCAUCGUCAUCAUCAUCAGGACCGAAAACAAAUGGGAACAAACCAGCAAUUUCACCAAGACAGAAUGAAACCCCUAAAAAAAUUAAUCCACCGGGAGUUGCAGCACCAUUUGGGCGCAAUACGCUGAACAACCGCAUUUCUGUGUUGAAAAAAACCUCAAAUGCUAAUGAGGAUGCCACACUAAGUAAGAAUGGAGAGACAGAGAUAAAGAUUAUAGCUGCUAAUAAGAAACCACCUAUCGUACCACGUACUAUAAAUUCAGAAGCUGUGAAAAAGCCCAUUGUAUCACCUCCAGCAUCGCAAUCUCCGAUGAAAAAUGAAGCUCCAGUUCGAGAACAAGAAAAUGCUGUUAAAAAUGAUGCCAGUGAUGUGGUUGCCAAGGAGGACAAAGACAAUCUGGAAGGGAUACAGAUGAAGAAGAAGUUGGUACCUAUAAAUGCCAAAACCAAUAAAAGAUCAUCAAAAAUCAGGCCAAAAGAGAAUCCUGUUCCACCUGAAGGCAUAUUGGGCAAGGCACCCGCAAAACCGGAAAAACCACCUAUUAUUUUGGAAUUGAAGAGGGAUACAUCUGCCCCUCUACCACCUCCUCCUGACAGUGAUUCAGAAGGAGAAUUGUACGAUGACGUGGAAACUGAUGCAAGAGUGUCAAUGAUUAAGCCCAUGGAUGAAGAUGAAGAACUUGAAACUGAAGAUUUUUAUGAUGAUGUUGAAGCUGAAAAAAUUAAACCAGCCAGGAAAGCAGAUCCAUUGCCAACAUUACCGGUGUUACCAGUAUCCAAUUUACCUCCAGAACCAAUUGACACCGAGCCGGAUGAAGUAUAUCAGGAUGUAUCGGAUGAGGGUGAAGAAAUUGGUGAAGACGAUGAUAUUUACGAAACAUUUGACGAAGUGACUGAAAAACG